AUUGCGCCGCCAGCAGCAUGCCGCGGUGCCUCAUGGCCAAGAAAUGGAAGGCCUAUCCAUGGCCGGAUCGCGUGGACGACGCAACGACCACGCAAGAGGACGAGAACGAUCAUACGGGUAUGAUGCACGAGCACACGCCCGGUAUCCAACAGACCACUGUCUGUUUAGAGAAACGUCAGCACAGGCAUGAACCGGAGGACGAGGAAAUCGACGUGGUCGGGGACACCGAUACCAGACAGGUCAAUCAUCAGCAGACCUGUUGGAGUCCCCACAGUCCUACCGCUGGUGCCACUGCGCCCAGUCCGCCGCCGCUUAACGCCUCCGGAGCUCUAUACUAUCAUGGUUACACGCACGAGUCGUGGAUCAACCACGAGGAGCCGCCUAAAUACGCGACCCUCCGUUCGGCGGCGGAGCUGGCCAGACCGGUGGUCCCGUCUCCUCCGCCACCCAGCGCGCCUCAGGAGCUUCCGGUGGCGGUGAACGGUUCCAGUUUGCACCAACCACACCCAUCCCCGACAACGCCGCCGUCGUCGUCCGCGUCGUUGAGUCUGCCGCCCAGAAAAAGCCUGUCCAUGUGUUUCACCAGCACCGGAACAGCAUUAUCCCUACCACCCAAGAAGAAGGACAUCUAUCGUCCUUACAGCCUCCAACCCACCUCAGAGAUCCGCACGUCCGCGGAAGAGGAUCUCUCAGCCGCGCAGGCGAUCCUCGAUCUAAGCGCGUCCCCAGCUGCGCCCACGCAUUCCGUCUUCAUUCACACGUUAUCACCGCCACCUCCGCCACCUCCGCCUCCUCCUCCGCCUCCUCCGCAGCAGCCAGGCGUCGCGGCGAACGGGCAGCUGCAGCCGGCGCAGCUCCAAUCGGCGUCCACCGCGCAGCCGAUACCGGUCUCGGUGCUGGUCCCGGUUCCCAGCUCGCAGACCAACCAGCUGCGACAACAAGAACAGUCGGGACAGCCUCAUUCGCCGGCCACCGCCGAAGCGAACGCUGCCAACUGCUCAGCGGGCAGGGAUGGCGCCAGCACCAAGACGGUCGCCUAUACCUACGAGGCGUUCUUCGUCUCUGACGGUAGAUCCAAACGUCGCAGCAGCAGCACCAACGGCACGGUAGUCCCUGACAAGGAGGUGACCACAACGGACCGGCCCAAGUUCACCUGUACCGAGUGCGGGAAACAGUACGCCACCUCAUCGAACCUGUCCCGGCACAAGCAGACCCAUCGUAGCCUGGACUCCCAAUCGGCGAAAAAGUGCAUCCAUUGCGGCAAAGCGUACGUGAGCAUGCCCGCCCUGGCGAUGCACGUGUUGACCCACAAGCUGGCCCACAGCUGCGGCGUAUGUGGGAAAAUGUUCUCCAGACCGUGGUUGCUCCAGGGCCAUCUGAGGAGCCACACGGGCGAGAAACCAUACGGUUGCGCGCACUGCGGCAAAGCGUUCGCAGACCGAUCGAACCUGCGCGCCCAUAUGCAGACCCAUUCAGCGGACAAGAAUUACGAGUGCUCCCGAUGUCACAAAACCUUCGCGUUGAAGUCCUAUCUGAACAAACAUCUGGAGUCCGCCUGUCUACGGGACGACGAGAUGCCGCCAGCGCAGCAGACAGUCGCCAGCAAUAAUAAUAACAACAACAACGCAACCACGCAACACCAGCAGACCACGAAUCGUGGUUUGUAGCAGCGCUACGACCAUCGAACUACGUCUGGGUAUCCAGACGAGGACGUGGACGACGUGGACGACGUUCUGGAGAGCUAGCGGUCGUCCCCGGCGGCGGUGCCCGGCUGAUGAUCGAGAUGAACGAUCGGGAAGAGUAGCAAAGAGAGAAAGAGAGAGAAAACACAAAAGGUUUGCCCGUAGGUUUUAAGUAGAAAAGUGCCAGUAGAAAAUGGGGAGACGUAAUAGAGGAGGGUAAGAACACACACACGAAGUAGGAAUGCGAUGACGCGAAAGAGAUACGAGGCGGUGUCGGUUUCUUAAAUAAUGUCUAACAUUAAUAAAAACGUCCAGUAAUGUUUAAGUCUUAAAAACGAAACAAGGGAAACGAGAGAGAGAGAGAGAGAGAGAGAGAGAGAGAGAG